AUGGCCUCGCUGGAGAAGCCAAUUGUCAGCUUUCUGGGCCCGAUUGCCUCAUAUUCGCACCAGGCAGUCCGCCAAGUCUUCCCAGAGUCAUCAUGGGAAUUGAGGCCCGCGGCAACGAUUGAUGAUGUCUUUGACCAAGUCCAAUUCGGUGAGGUCAAGGCCGGCGUGGUUCCCAUUGAGAACUCGACCAACGGCUCCGUCGUCUUCACUCUCGACAACCUCGCCGACCGCAACGGCCGGUACAAAGACAUCACAGUGGACGGCGAAAUUUUCGUCGACGUUCACCACUGCCUGGUGGGACACAGGAACCCAUCACCCAUGCUGGACCUGGACGACCACGGAUCAGGAACGAGCACGCCUACCCUCAAUGAUCCACGGCCGUCAAAACCAAAAUCAAGACCCCUCGCGAACCUGAGACACAUCAAGAGGCUCUACUCUCACCCGCAGGC